GGGGGGUGCCUCAGAAAGAGCAAGACGGCGGAUGUUUCUCUCUUGGUGUGACCGGUGGCAGUAUCGAUCAGCAAUGCUGCACAGACUUUUGCGCGCCGAAAUAUGCGUGCGACAGGUUUAACCUAACCACUUCGGUGGAAAGCGGAUUUCUGUUCGAUACGGUGUCAGGGGUACCAGGGAAGACGGGGCCGAGUUUUGUUUGAUUUCGGGUGGAUGAGGUUGGGGUUUUGUUCGAUUUUCUCCAUCUAAGGUUCGUGUGUAGAGUUCAGCUGUAGUGUUUCAACCAAAGUUUUGUUGACUUAGAGGCAAUCAUUCCUGGGCAUCGAGUUAAUUUGGCUUCGCAUGACGGCCUUUACGAUCGACUUUAUGUAUGUCUGCAUUUAUCUGCAAUUGUCGGAGGACAAACAAAAUAUUAAUAAAAAAAAUAUUAUCAGUGGCAUGCUACGCUCGUGACUAAACACAUGGCAAUCCUUAUUCUACCGCCGAUGUGUACCCCUCUCCGCGCCCAGUUCUCGACCGGUGCCGCCGCCGCUCAAGAUGACUGCCACCACCACCGUGAUGACGAGGGUCCACGGGAGGCCGACGGCGGCCUUGAUGCCCCCCCCCUGGCUGAACCGGGCGACCUGUUCGGGCCCCGCUCUGACGGCUGGUGGACCGGGCGGCGCCCCUCUGAGCAAGGGGAGGUGCCAGGGAGACGAGAAGACGGGAAGAUUUCGUCCCUGCCGCAGCUCGUUCUCCGGGACUGCACCAAGCAGGUGGCCUACUUUGACAACUCGUGGAUGCUAACCGAGAGCCUUUUCGCCGGUCUCCAGGGCGAGGAGGCGUUUCUGCUUCGUCCCUUGCACGGGCUCCGCCAUCCCCUUAUUUUCUACUACGGCCACGCGGCGGCCUUCUACGUAAACAAGCUAAGGGCCGCAGGGAUCUUGCAGGCGAGAGAGAGAGA